CAUUAGAAAGUCUCUGUUAUCCUGGGGCAAGCACUAGGGAUAUAUCCUUGGGGAUGACCAGCGAGGUUUUUUUUUUUUUUUUGCCUGUCCAAUAAAGACCCUGUGUGCGAUCACCGGCUCAUUUUGGUUCCGUUGUGAGGACAAGACAACUCACGCAGACAGGGCGUAGCUAGAAACGUAUCAUAUUACAUUACACAAAAAAACACUUUCUCAUUCGCAGUAGCCUACCAAAUUGAAGUCAGAAGACAAGAAGACCUCAAGUCUUGACGAUGGCGUUGGUCGUUUAUGUUCUAGUGUUUUUGGGGACCGUCUUAACAAUUUCAGCAGGUGAUGACUGUAAUGGUUACAAUGAUGGCCUCACGUAUCACAAUUCGCUCAACUGCAACUACAAGGAAUUCUGCUGUGGUACUUGUGAUAACCGAUAUUGUUGUUCACAAUAUAUACAGCGCUUCAGUGAGGAUGCCCAAGAUGCCUGCAAAAUAUUUAGUUCCCCUAUAAACACAAUCAAGAUCUCUGGGAUUGUUUCUGUCAUCGUCAUCAUCAUCAUUUUCAUCAGCUGUUGUGUGUGCCCCUGCUGCUGCCUGUAUAAAUUAUGCCGCAAGCCCAGACCGGUGGUGGCAACUACCACCCACACAACAACAGUGGUCACUACACCAUAUCCUCAAAACACCACCCCUGCCCAACAGUAUCCAGGAUACCAACCUGUGGCACCACAGCCUGGAUAUGGAACCCCAGCAGGGUAUGGGGGUCAAUCCAUGCCUAGUGCACCAUACCAAGGACAAUCCUAUACUGUUGGACCUCCUCCUCCUUAUCAAGAGAGUACUGGCCCUGGCCCUGGAUAUCCUGUGAACUACAGCCAAGCAGCAUAUACUCCAGGUCAACAGUCCUACCCUCUGCAACCGCCAGUGCCGGCAGGUUACCAGGCCCAGCCUCCUCCACCCGCAGAUUUAAAUGCCAUGCAGCCUGCCUACAACCCUGCCUACAACCCUGCCUACGUUGCUCCACCUUCCAAGCCUGCUUACUAAACAUUAUAUGCGUUCCCCCCUUCUUUUUAUAUAAUUCCCUCAUGCUGAUCUUUGACACUGCUAUUUAAUAUGAAGUGGCAGCCUCUUAGAAAGCUCUCCGCUUUUUCUUCUCUAAGUAACAUUUCAGUGUUUUUUCUGUCCUGUAAGGUAGUAAACAAAAGGGAAUAUACGGUAUGUCUUGUAUGCAAGUUAUGUUUUUGCGCCACCAUUGCAAGAAUUGUCAGCUAUGCUUAGCACAAUUUUAAUAUUAUGCACUGAAGAGAAUUCUAAAGGAAACGUUUACAUUUGUCACUUUAUUUUAGCAUAUAGAAUUCUAUGACGUGCUUUUAACUUAUUAUGUGUACUUCUGAUUGUGGAGGGGCUAAAGUGAUUUGCGAGUGAUUCAUUUUCUCCAUCAACCAAAUAAUAUGGAGUUUUGGUUCAAUCUGAAUGCUCAAUUUUCCUCUGAAUUCUCAGGUUGUGUCAGGCCUGAAUGUGAAAUUGUUCAUGUGGUAUUCUGUAGAUUUUCUUUUUCUUUUGAACAAGUUCCGCAAAAUGCCUUAUUUCUUUUAUGCUGUAUAAUGUUAAAGAUAUUAGCUAAUAUAGGAGCAAAGCCAAGCAGUGCUUUGGUUAAGCUAAUUAAGUUUAACUUGAGGGACUGAUUGCUACAGUAUGGAAGCCUUUUCAAGAUGCCAUUUUAGUGUCAAUUUAUAGUUCAUAUUUUUUGUGAGUAAUAUUGUCAAUGAUAAAAAAAAACAAAAAAAACAUUUUGUAUAUUGUGUCUUGGUCAAAGUAUGCAUUGGGAUCAGAUAUUGUUAUCACAUCAUUAAACAAUACUUUAUUUUCAUAACACAAGGAGUUCAGUUGGUAAAAUAUUUGUCGAAGUAGUAAAACGGGUUGCCUCAUAUCCCUACCAGGUCAAUGAUCAAAAUAUUGCGUUGGUAUUACAUUUCUUAUGAAGAUCUGUACAUACUUGCUAAUUCUUCCCACCUUUUAGUUUUCACCUUGGUUUGUGACCUCACUCCUGGUUUAAGACUGGCUAAUCCCUAUCAGUGCCAAAGACCAUUUCCUCAAUGGACAUCCAUUGUUUAAUGUUGAUUUGAGAAAAACAGCUGUAAAGUGCCUUUUUGCCUUACACCCGACUCAACAUUUUACUAUUUCUCUAUUGAGAAUGUUUUUUGAAUCCUUAAUGCAUCAUGGCAUUUAUCCAUGGCAUCAUGGACAUCAUGACACUUUUGGCCUGCAUGGCUUAGACCUUGGUGGAACGGUUUUGACACUCCAGCCCAGCCUUAAUUACACAUACAGUUCUGUAAUGUUAACUUGUAUUUACAGGUACAUC